GUGAAAAAUCCAAGAAGGUUGACGUUGAACAUUCAUAUUCAUAGACUGUUGAAUGUUCGCCUUAAAUUUAACUGCAUAUGACACAUUGAACUUCAUGCAUUGAGCUUUAGAGACUGCAACUAUAAUACUGGAGUGAGGAAUAUAAAGAUUACACUUGAAGGAGAAGGGAGGGUGUGCGUAGGAUAAAGGGUGUGUUAAGGGGGUGUGCGCUGGAUAAUAUGGGUGUGCCAAGAAUGUUGUGUUGGUGCUCCUCUGUCCUUGCUGUAGUGGGAUUGGUGUUGAAUGUAGCAGUGUUGUGUAAUGGAGGGGUUACGAGUAGUUUUGUCAGGAAAGUUGAGAAAACUAACGAUAUGCCUCUUGAUAGUGAUGUCUUCAGUGUCCCUCCUGGCUAUAAUGCGCCUCAACAGGUUCAUAUAACACAAGGAGAUCAUGUAGGGGAGGCAGUGAUUGUGUCAUGGGUUACUGUAGAUGAACCUGGUUCAGAUACAGUCCUAUACUGGAGUGAGAACAGCAAGCAAAAGAAAGAGGCCAAGGGAAGGUUCAACACUAAAUACUACUACGAGGUUGGGAUUGGACACACAACGCGAACUUUCUGGUUCACAACUCCUCCUGAAGUUGGCCCUGAUGUGCCAUAUACUUUUGGUCUCAUAGGUGAUCUUGGUCAAAGUUUUGAUUCAAACAUAACGCUUACCCAUUACGAAUUCAAUCCAACAGAAGGAAAAACAGUCUUGUUUGUUGGGGACCUCUCUUAUGCAGAUAACUACCCCAAUCACGACAACGUUAGAUGGGAUACUUGGGGAAGGUUUACUGAAAGAAGUGCCGCUUAUCAACCUUGGAUAUGGACUGCUGGAAAUCAUGAGAUUGAUUUCGCUCCUGAAAUUGGCGAAACUAAACCCUUCAAGCCUUAUAGUCAUCGGUAUCAUGUCCCUUAUAAGGCGUCAAAUAGCACUGCCCCCUUUUGGUAUUCAAUCAAGCGAGCUUCAGCAUACAUCAUUGUCUUGUCUUCAUAUUCAGCAUAUGGCAAUUACACUCCUCAGUACAAAUGGCUUGAGGCGGAGCUAAAAAAAGUAAAUAGAAGUGAGACGCCAUGGUUGGUUGUUCUCAUGCAUUCCCCAUGGUAUAAUAGCUACAACUACCAUUAUAUGGAAGGAGAAACCAUGAGAGUCAUGUAUGAGCCAUGGUUUGUACAGUACAAAGUCGAUGUUGUGUUUGCUGGUCAUGUUCACGCCUAUGAACGAUCAGAACGAGUAUCGAACAUUGCUUACAAUGUAGUAAACGGCAUCUGCAGCCCUGUUAGUGACCAAUCUGCCCCUGUAUACAUAACCAUUGGUGAUGGAGGAAACCUUGAGGGCUUGACAACCAACAUGACAGAGCCACAACCGAAGUACUCAGCUUUUCGCGAGGCCAGUUUUGGUCAUGCCAUUUUUGAAAUCAAGAAUCGAACCCACGCUUACUACGGUUGGCACCGAAAUCAGGAUGGAUAUGCCGUGGAAGCUGAUUCGUUAUGGGAUACUUGGGGAAGGUUUACUGAAAGAAGUGCUGCUUAUCAACCUUGGAUAUGGACUGCUGGAAAUCAUGAGAUUGAUUUCGCUCCUGAAAUUGAAAUCCUUUUUCCUAACCUUGUUCUUCAUAUGAUUAUGCUUCUUGUUGUUGCUGCAAACACUAUCAUAUCUCCUGAUCAUGAAAUCCACCACCCUCUUCCUUGCAAAGGCGAAACUAAACCUUUCAAGCCUUAUAGUCAUCGGUAUCAGGUCCCUUAUAAGGCAUCAAAUAGCACUGCCCCCUUUUGGUAUUCAAUCAAGCGAGCUUCAGCAUACAUCAUUGUCUUGUCUUCAUAUUCAGCAUUUGGCAAGUACACUCCUCAGUACAAAUGGCUUGAGGCGGAGCUACCAAAAGUCAAUAGGAGUGAGACGCCGUGGUUGAUUGUUCUUAUGCAUUCCCCAUGGUAUAAUAGCUACAACUACCAUUAUAUGGAAGGAGAAACCAUGAGAGUCAUGUAUGAGCCAUGGUUUGUGCAGUACAAAGUCGAUGUUGUGUUUGCUGGUCAUGUUCACGCCUAUGAACGAUCAGAACGAGUAUCAAACAUUGCUUACAAUGUAGUGAACGGCAUCUGCAGCCCUGUUAGUGACCAAUCUGCCCCUGUAUACAUAACCAUUGGUGAUGGAGGAAACCUUGGGGGCUUGGCAACCAACAUGACAGAGCCACAACCGAAGUACUCAGCUUUUCGCGAGGCCAGUUUUGGUCAUGCCAUUUUUGAUAUCAAGAAUCGAACCCACGCUUACUACGGUUGGCACCGAAAUCAGGAUGGAUAUGCCGUGGAAGCUGAUUCGUUGUGGGUUUUCAAUCGAUUUUGGCAUCCAGUUGAUGAUUCUACAAGUGCCCAACCAUGA